UCUCGUGCUCUCUGUAUGCCUGUAUUUCUGCCAAGGUCUGAGUCUUUCAGUGUGGGAAUGUAGCGACCCAGAGACAGGACUUCCUUUGAAUUCUGGUGCAAUGAUGGAUGUGGGACAGAGGCUCGGAUGUUCACUGACAGAGGGGGAGAACUAAGGGCAGGGAUUGGAAAAGGGAUCAGAUGGAUUUUACCCUCCCGGUCGUCUCUGCCUGAUCACAGCACAUCACAGCUCUCUACCGUGGUGUGGAUUACUGCUUGCCCGUGUCCACCGAAGCACCGCUGGACAGAGGAGAGGGAGAGCCGAGCCACAUAGCCAGAGACGAAGCGCCGUGUCGGUGAGAGGGAGACGCAGAGCUGUCCCUUGAGUGGUGCCGUGCUUCUGCCGCUACCUGAGCUUCUUUGCACGCACGCACACACUUGCACACACAUACAGAGGCAGGGCUGCGCCAGCCGCGACGACCGAUGCGUUAAUGCAGCUGUGAGAGAAGAAGAUCUGCAGCAGGGAGCUGCCCUCGCUCAGGCACUCGCGGAUAUACAAGGAAAAUUUGACUCUGGGGCAAAACACCUACAGAUCCCGCAAACUUAAUUUUUGUUCUAUUUUUCACCUCUUUGGAGCAUCUUGGGAAUUACCGUAGGUUCUACAGAAGCUGAACUUAAUAGAGGCUUGUUACCAGACCCGCUCUCUUCCCCCCUCCCAGAACCCAGUCCUGUUUGCUUUCUGACUGAGUGGGUCCGCGCGUAUGUUUGUGUGCGUGUACGUGACUAUUGGUGUUUUUUAGGCGUAGGUUUGUUGCACUCGAUUGUAUAGAAUUAAUAUUUACAUGUAUAGGCUGAUGUUUGCUGUUAUAUUCAUAUGAGAUGUCGGUAUUGCAUGUAUCUGUAUUCGUGGUUGAGUGUUAAAUUAAUAUUAAUGAGAUGCCCAGUUUUGGCUCCCUCCCCAGCUCCCCCCACUGCUUGCACUGCUUCUUGGCUUGGCCCUGAACCCCAGAAGCAUGAGUGAGAGAACGGCACUUGGGGCCACCAUGGAGACCAUGACCCUGGAGGAGCCCGGGGGUGAACAGGCCUCUCCCCGGGCCCCAGGGCCCCUCCGCUGUGGCCCCUGUGCGGUGUGGCCCCGCCAGCAAACGUGGCUUUGCGUAGUGCCCCUUCUGAUGGGCUUUGUGGGCCUGGGCCUCAGCCUGAUGCUUCUUAAAUGGAUUGUGGUGGGCUCGGUGCAGGAUUACGUCCCAACUGACCUGGUGGAUGCCAAUCGCAUUGGACAAGACCCUAUUUUCUUAUCUAAACCCAGUGCCCCACCCAAGGGCCCUGAUGGCUCCACAUCAACCACUUCCGCAGUGCCCUCGGUGGCUCCGGGUUCGGCAACCCGGGCGGCAGAGGGCACAGGAACAGUGCAGAGGACUCGAAUUGGGCAGUCCUCCAACCACACUGCCAGCAGCAGUAGCAGCAGUGGAGGAAGCGGCGGGGCGUUAGGGGGUGGCCCGGGAAACAGUGCACCACACUUGCAUAACAGAGUGGGGACAAGAGUGACCAACUCAACCACCGCCACCCGAGCCACCAAUCCCGCCCCACCGGGAGGAAAGGAGGUGACCCCACGCAGCACCACUGUCCGGAAACCCAACGGGGAGGGUGGGAACCAAAACACCUCACGGACCGGGCCGCCAAGUACGACCACUAUGAGUACCGAGUCAACUGCUACGACAACCUCGACUCAAGCAGCCAGCCAGCGCUGGAAUCACGGACGCUCCUCCAAAGGCCCUUCCACCAAGCCUACUCGGCCACACCAUCGGUUCAGGACUCUUGCCCCCACAACCUCCACCGUACAUUCUGAAUUCUUCAAGCCCUGCCAAGACAGUCAGGAGAUGGCCUUCUGCCUGAAUGAGGGAGAGUGCUUCAUCAUCGAAACUGUGGCAGGCGUGCAUAGACAUUGCAGGUGUAAAGAGGGCUACCGAGGACUUCGUUGUGAUCAGUUUGUCCCAAAAACAGACUCCAUCUUAUCAGACCCAACAGACGAACUGGGCAUCGAGUUUAUGGAGAGCGGAGAAACCUAUCAGAGACAGAUUUUGUCCAUCUUCAGCAUAGCCAUGGGGAUCAGCUUGCUGGGAGUGGCUUGCAUGGCUCUUUACUGCAAAAACAAGAGGCAAAGAGAAAAGCAUCGGGCUCAUCUGACCGAAAUCCGCAAUUUGAGGGACUGCACUGUCAACGCCUCCGACCUCAUGUCAAAAUCCAGCAACAGAACAGAGAGACCCAUCCUGCUCCAAAAGAGCAAAAGAACCCAGGGUUCCUCUUCUCCACAUGACGCCGGUGUGGUGCUCAGCAGCUGUAAAGUCUCCCUACCAAAUGAUAAUCGCACCCUCGCCGUGGGGAAAAACUGCAGAAGCUGCUCUCUCUCUUCAAGCCCCUCACCAAAACAAAAGGCAACCAAUUAUCGAGCUGUUUCAAGGUGGACGCCGCCCAUCUCUAGAGCAGGCCAUAAUUUCAGCGGAGGAUCUAGAGAUUCCCUUCAUUCCUACAAGCAUCUGCAAGAGGUGGAUGUCAAAGAAAUGAUGCCAGAAUCUUUGGGAAGGUUCCAGGCUCAAUCAAACACCAAUCAGCAAAGCCGAUCAAAUUCGAAUAUGCAAAUUGUUGUCUCCGCCCAUUCCAGAGAUAAGACGGGAGGCAGUGAUGUUCCAUGCACUCGUCUCGACCAGGGAACGGUCUUUCUUUCUCCAUCGUUCCGAGCUCGCUCUGUACCCAUAAUCCCGUCUGUUCAGGGACCCGAUUAUGGGGAGGGGCCUGGGGAAGGGGGCAGGGUUAAGAUGCACGCCGGAGGUGGAAUUUCUUACAACCCUGAGACUGAGGCGGAGUCAGUGGCAAGUUCCAGCCAAUCACUUGCCAGCUCCUCCGGGACAGUUCAGGAGCCACAGACACUUGCCUGCUCUGAGUCGUUACUGAUGUCAAGGGGCCAAAUCAAACACAAAAGCCUUGUUACCUACACGACAGCCUUGGGAUCAGGUACAGGCUCCAGGAGAGCAAAGACUGUCAUAUCGAUGACUGUACUGGGAUCAGGGGAGAAAACCACGCAGUAUACCGCCAGUCUGAUGUCAGGGGGACAUGGGAAUGAGCAUGUUCAGUCCACUUUUGGAGAUACUUCAGGACGGGAGAUGGACGGUGAUGGUUUACAAACGGCAGUUUUGGGAAACGAAAGGGAAAGCUUGUUUUCUGCCGGGGUUAGAAGUGGGGCCUGCCUCACGUAUCCAAAGAGCUGAUUGGAUGAAUGCAAAUAUCACUUUGGAAACUUCACUUAUGUUGGUGUUGAUAAGGGGUGGGACCCCGUUUGUGUUGACCCACCAUCAAAAGACUUCAUUUUGGAACUAUUUUACUGCAUUGUGAACUACAGAGACAAAUUACUGACAACAGAAACAAAGCACCGAAUUACUGACAACACAAUGUGAAUAGAUAACGUGAGAAAGAUUACUAUGGAUGGGAUGCUGAUUUAAAGAGGAACUGAAAAAGAUUUAUAUGCCACUAUUUAACAAAUGCUUCAAUUUAGAAACCAAAUAGUGUGUCAUCUCAAUGUUGUUUCUUAACUGUAAAGAAGAAAAAUAUAAUAGAUGUCAAAACUAUAUGUAUGUCAUAUAUUCCGUGUAUAUGACAUACCAAGUGACAAA